GACCAUUCUAUCCAACGAGAAGGCAGAUACGCAUGUGAACAAGCAUAUCUUUUUAUUUUAUUUAACUAGGCAAGUCAGUUAAAAGAACAAAUUCUAAUUUACAACGACGGCCUUCCCGUCAUAUAUCCGAUAUAAAGUAUUUGGUGGGGCAAAACGCCACGUGUGUCCACAUAUCAGUGCAUUCGUAACAAUUUAACCAUUACGAAACGUAUAUUCGAUCAAAUAAAUCUCGAGUAGCAAAUUAGCUUUUUUAUUCAUUUGUUUGACUUCCCUACAAAAAUGAUUCACUUCGUGGUCUUAUUUUCGUGGACAGAUUUUGGGUAGAGUAAACCAUCUCGUUUCGUCUCGUCCUCUCUGGUAAGGUUUGUCCCUGGCCUGACCGACACCGGUAUUUGUUUACUUUACUGAGCACAGAGAAGAACGAUAUUUUAAGGGGCUGUCGUCGUAUGGGAAAACCUGAAAGCGCAAUUUAUGCACCCUCAGCGACCCAGGACAUCGAGCUUGGAAUAAAUAGAUGACUUUAUGAACGUUUUUAUAAUAUAGGCUAAACGCGGCCUUUUUUGUUGCGUCUAGGCCUAUUUGGAUAAGUGAAUUGCUUCAAAUAGCCAAUCCGAAGUGGGCGAAGAUCAGUGUUUUCAGCAGUAACCUACAGAUUCAAUGAUCCGUUCUCCAACUUGAGGUUGUGAUCAAAUAACCCACAUAAAAUAUAAUGGCAGCCUCAACAACUGCCCGGCGAAUGCCGAUGGGUGUGCGGACAUUCAGUGAAUUUCUGGAGAUUGCUGUUGGCUCAGGUCGCUCACCUUGUCACACCGCGAGGUCAAGAGAACAUAUGAGACAAACCAUCAGACACUUGUCAUCAUGUGGUAUUGUAAUGACCAGGACUCCCAGAGUGCUUUGCCACCAGCAGGAUUGGGACAUGACGACAUCAGUUCCCCACAGCAGAACCUUCAUGGGGUUCACCAAUAAGAGAAAGGAGUACUCGGAGCGGAGGAUACUGGGGUACUCUAUGCUGGAGAUGUAUGAUGUGGUAGCCAACGUGGAUGACUACAAACUCUUUGUCCCCUGGUGUAAGAAGUCCCAGACCAUCAUGAAGAGGGCAGGCCACUCCAAAGCUCAGCUGGAGGUGGGGUUCCCACCCAUUGUAGAGCGAUACACAUCCAUGAUCAGCGUGGUGCGACCCCACAUGGUCAAAGCGGUGUGCACAGACGGAACACUUUUCAACCACCUGGAGACAAUAUGGCGCUUCAGUCCUGGCAUCCCUGGUUAUCCCCGCACCUGCACUGUGGACGUUUCGAUCUCGUUUGAGUUCCGCUCCUUGCUCCACUCCCAGUUAGCAACUGUGUUUUUUGACGAGGUGGUAAAAAAGAAUGUGUCUGCCUUUGAGCGCCGGGCCGGCACGCUCUACGGCCCACAGACUUGCGUCCCACGGGAAUUAAUGUUCCAUGAGGUACACCAAACGUGAGGUCCAUCUGGCAGUGUGUGCCCUUGCCCCAAACCAGCCUGCACCUUCACCCUGGCAGUCCCCUGUAUCACCUAGCUGGAGCUGCAGGACACUACACGACCCAGCCCCCAUCAACCGCCUCCAAUCUCCAUUACCACCAAGGCCCAGAUACCAAUAGCCUGGUCCCAGGUCUGUUUGUGCCGUCUUGCCAACUCCUAUGUUCACACUGGCAUGACAAACAGCUCUUCUGAGAUCUUGGACCAUCUGUGACAGCAGAUCUGGGACCAGGCUAAGCUGCCACUGGUGCAUCCUCCUCACAUUAUAGAGUAAGGACCAAGCAAUCAGUGUGGGCAUCACCCUGGUUUAUCACCCUACACAACUAUAGUUGACUUGAAAGUCCCAUAUCCUAGCCUGGAUCAUUUUCUUGUAAAAAGCUGCCAUCUACCUCCUCACAAGGGUUACUCUUCAGCACAGACCCCUUGUUGCAUUGACGUGUGUGCGCAAUUUUAAAAGAAUAAUCCUUCUAAGUCUAAUUGUAAAACAAAAAAGCCACUAAGCAAAUCAGAAUAGUUGGAAUUUAUUGCUGUGUAAUCAUGAGUGAGUAGGACACAAUAUUGAGUGAACGAAUGACAUGGACCAUUUUGAGUCUGUCAUAGUAUAUGACUGCUUUAGACACUGUAGAUUGCUGAAGAGUGGGUGCAGGUGCACUACACUGACCUGCUAGGUUCUAGUUGUCCAAUCCUGUAAAGUUAAUAUAUCUUAAAGGGGCAAUCCGCAGUUGAAACAAUAACAACUUAAGCAUGCUCCCCAACCACUGUUUUGGUAAAAAGC